UGUGGUAGUAGGGUUGCACCGCCGUUACACGUCACGCGGUCCUCCGUUAGGGUGAAGAUACAGGCAAUGUCACACAGCUCCUCUCAUCACCACGACAAAGAUUCAUCGCAUUUUGUGUAAAAAGCAACUGGAAAUAUAAUUAGAGCUAAAUCGCACUGAUCGAGCUUUAGUAGAGGCGCGUCUGGUGCUCUCCAAGGUCCUGAACUUAAGUCCAGUUUUACUUAACUACAUGCAAACAGGCAGCUCUUGACACCCAGUUUCAGCUCUCAACGCACAACUUUCAACCAUGGAUGAGGGUUACAGAGACCGUACGGCCUUCAUUAAAGGCGCUAAGGACAUUGCCAAAGAAGUGAAAAGGCAAGCGGGUAAAAAAGUUGGUCGCCAUAUGGACAAAGUGGGCGACGAGUACACCAAGCGCUCUUAUACUCGCUUCGAAGAGGAUGACGACGAUGACGACUACCCCGUGCAGGCCCAGGAUGGCAGCUAUUACCGUAGCAACAGCAGGGCCAAUGACGACGAAGGGGCUCACAGCGACUCCACAGAAGGUCACGAUGAAGACGACGAGAUCUACGAGGGCGAGUACCAGGGCAUCCCCAGAAAUGACUCGGUGGAAAAGGGGGACAGACAGGUGGGAGGCGUGGGACAGUCGCAGUACCGGGACAUUGCGCAGUAUGAGGGGGAAAGGAGGAAGGAUCAGGAGGAGUUGGCCCAACAGUACGAGACCAUCCUGCAGGAGUGUGGCCAUGGCCGUUUCCAGUGGUCCCUUUACUUUGUGCUGGGUUUGGCCCUAAUGGCGGAUGGCGUGGAGAUCUUCGUAGUGGGCUUUGUACUGCCCAGUGCUGAGAAAGACAUGUGUUUGUCUGAACCUAACAAAGGGAUGCUGGGUCUCAUUGUGUAUCUGGGUAUGAUGGUUGGUGCCUUCGUAUGGGGAGGUCUGGCAGACAGAAUCGGGCGCAGACAGACUCUUCUUAUAUCUCUCUCCAUCAACAGUGUCUUUGCGUUCUUCUCCUCGUUUGUUCAAGGAUACAGCUCCUUUCUUUUCUGCCGCCUGCUUUCUGGUGUGGGGAUUGGUGGUUCUAUACCCAUCGUCUUCUCGUAUUACUCUGAGUUUCUGUGUCAAGAAAAGCGUGGUGAGCACCUCAGCUGGCUCUGUAUGUUCUGGAUGUUUGGAGGCAUCUACGCUGCUGCCAUGGCUUGGGCCAUUAUACCCCACUAUGGCUGGAGCUUCCAGAUGGGAUCAGCCUACCAGUUUCACAGCUGGCGAGUGUUCGUGCUGGUGUGUGCGUUUCCGUCUGUCGCCGCUAUCGUGGCUCUGACCACCAUGCCAGAGAGCCCACGUUUUUAUCUGGAGAACGGGAAACACGAUGAAGCCUGGAUGAUUUUGAAGCAGGUCCACGAUACGAACAUGAGAGCUAAAGGUCAUCCCGAGAGAGUUUUCUCGGUCACUACCAUUAAGACGGUGAAACAGAUGGAUGAGUUGGUUGAUAUGGGUGGAGAGGCCGCGGCAUGGCACCAGCGCUGGAGGGUCAAGCUGACAAACCUCUUUCAUCAGGUGUGGAGCAACUUCCUGACAAUCUUUAAUCCAGAAUACAGGAGAAUCACAUAUAUGCUGAUGGCUGUGUGGUUUUCCAUGUCCUUCAGCUACUACGGUUUGACUGUUUGGUUCCCUGACAUGAUCAAGUAUCUGCAGAGACAAGAGUACUCCUCGCGCACUAAAAUCUUUAUCAAAGAAAAAGUGGAGCAUGUGACCUUUAACUUCACCCUAGAGAACCAGAUCCACAGGAAUGGAGAGUACUUCAACGACAAGUUCUUAAAUCUGAAGAUGAAGUCUAUGGUGUUUGAGGAUUCCCUGUUUGAGGAAUGCUACUUUGAAGAUAUUACGUCAAGCAACACCUUCUUCAGAAACUGCACCUUCAUCUCCACCCUUUUUUACAACACUGACCUCUUCAAGUACAGACUCAUCAACAGCAAGCUCAUCAACAGCACCUUCCUGCAUAACAAAGAGGGUUGCAUGCUGGAUUUCAGCGACGAGAACAACGCCUACAUGAUAUAUUUUGUCAGUUUCCUUGGAACUCUUGCUGUCCUUCCCGGGAACAUCGUGUCCGCUCUGCUUAUGGAUAAGAUUGGUCGUCUAAGGAUGUUGGCCGGUUCCAGCGUGAUUUCCUGCAUCAGCUGCUUCUUCCUGUCGUUUGGAAACAGCGAGUCGGCUAUGAUAGCGUUGCUUUGUCUCUUCGGUGGGAUCAGCAUCGCGUCGUGGAAUGCUCUGGAUGUGCUCACGGUGGAGCUGUACCCCUCUGACAAGAGAACAACAGCCUUUGGGUUCUUGAAUGCCCUGUGCAAGUUAGCUGCAGUUCUGGGCAUCAGCAUCUUUCAGUCAUUUGUGGGCAUCACUAAAGCGGUGCCCAUCCUCUUCGCUUCAGGGGCUUUGGCGGUCGGAAGCUUCUUGGCUUUAAAGCUCCCUGAAACUCGUGGUCAGGUGCUCCAAUAAUGCAGCAUUCCAGCCAGCAGGUGGCGCGUUUCAGUAAGGAUUGCCCGACCGUGUCAAACCCGAAUCCCAAACCCUGUUCGUGAGUGAGCAAUGCCGGAAGCAGCCGAAACAAUUUCCACACUUACAGAUCAGUUAGCGAUAUCUUCAUUCCUCCAACGUGUGCAACUGUAUCAUAAUUCAGUUACAAUUUAUUCCCUUAUUAAUCAUCAAAUAAUUAUCAUUCUGUAGUAGGGAAUAUCGAUUGAUAAUGUGUAGGCUGUUCUUCUUUGAUUUAUUCAUGAAUCAAUCCCUGACCAUGUCUUGUCGUCUCAGAGGAAUAAUGUGUGUGUGUGUGUGUGUGUGUGUGUGUGUGUGUGUGUGUGUGUUUGUAUGCAUAGAAUAACUGCCGUGUGAAACACAUUCCAGCUUUGCGUUGUUUAUGGUAUGAAUCUAAAAAAAUAACACGAUCAGUUUGACUUUCCCUUCAUUUUUGUUUAAGCCAUUGUGUGAUUUGAAAACCAUCGUCGAGGUCCGGGGACAUCAGUAGUUAGAUGUUUGAAUAGACAGUGUUGAUCUAGUGGUGACGGUACUUUUGUUCUAGUUGUUUGCGUCCCAACAAAAGUAAAAAUUUAUAAAAAAAUUGUGUGAUGACGCAAUAUCGGCUCAAGCACACAAUGAGUUUUAAUGCAAUUACAGAUAAAGUCACAUUAUUAUAGGCAGUGCAGAUAAUAACUACACUAAUAAUUUUAGUUUCACUCCGUGUGCUUUUACAAAAUGAUUGAUUAUUAAAGGUGUUGUGCAUGUAAUGAAGUGUGACAUUCAUAAGAUUAUGCUUGAAUUGAAGAAAGUGCUCUGUAUUAAUGUACUUCUUCAACAUGAUGUGAAAUAUAAGAUAAGUGACAUAUUGUUAUAGGGUUGGCAUUUUUAUGGGCAAGCCUGCUGUUAUCUUUAUUUUGCAUUAUUGUUUCAUCAGAACAACGAGCGAGUUUGUUUGUGUUCCUCUUGAUGUCUACAGCGUAGCUUCGGUUGUGUCCCCUUGAAUGAGCACAGGUGAGAGUUUGAUCGACUUACAUCACAUAUUUGUCUUGCAGAUCUCCUUCAUUCAUUCAACUUACAUGAUAAAAGAAAAAAAAUCCAUAAUUGAAGCACAAGGCGAUUUGAUUAAACUAUCCAAACUAAUAGGUUUAUUUUGAUGAAUAUGUAAAUUAUGUAUUGAAUAUAAAUAUAUGAAAAUGAUAUGUUAAUCAAAUUUGUCUGUUUGAAAACUCUAGCUAAUAUUAUAUAUACACACAUAUAUAAAAAUAUAUAUGUAUAUAUAUAAAGAAAAAUACUUUCAUGUUAAGAUGUUGAUCUAGUACCAACAUAAUGUCUUAGAUUCAUUUUGAUGUGUGUGUAUAUAUACAGUUUAUCUGUUUAAGGGAUUUUUAUUAUUAUUAAAGCAAAUAUGGUAAAACGUGACUGAAUAAGUCCAUACACAGGACACACAGACACCCUCAUAAAUGUUUUCUCUCAUGUUCUUAUAAUGACGUUGAGGUAUCUGUCUGUAAGUAUGUGUGUGUGUAUGGAGGUAUGUGUGCUUGCAUGUUGAAUAUUUGUAUUUAUUUAUAUAUAACUGUUGAUGAGAGUUUGAUUUUAUAGUAUUUUUUACUUUGAGUAUCUGUGGAAACAGAUGUAGUGCAACAUGCAGGGUGAAUUUUUGCUGUAUCAUUGUUAACCUGUUGUUCAAAACGGUUUGGUGACAUGGUAGCAGUAACUAAAUAUAGCAUCAAAAACAAGCCACAAAACGCUUAAAAACCCCAAAAUUGAUUUUAAGCGAUUGAUAAGAAACAAAAAACUGUAUAUUCAACUAGGACAAACGGCAAGAAAUUUUAAAUUCUGCUACAUUUUAUCAAGCACAAUUAAUACUUGUUUCAACUAGACUUUAUUAUUAGGAAAGAUAUUUAACAGUGUUGGGGGUAAUGCGUUACAAGUAACGUGCAUUACGUAAUAAUAUUAAUUUUCUGAAGUAACGAGUAAAGUAUUGCAUUACUUUUUAAAUGUACACAUUAAUAUUUGAGUUACUUUUUUAAAAAGUAAUGCAAGUUACUUUUUUAGUUUAAUUAAUUCAAUAAAAAAAAUUAUGUACUAAAUUAAAGUAAACGUAGCGAUGAAAUCUGCAAUUUCUGAAUGCAGAACUUUUCAAUUAUAAAAAACACCUGCAAGGCCUAAAGAAAUCAAACCUCAGCCAAGAAAAAGUAAAGCAAAAGUAACUAAAAAGUAACAAAAACAUUAUUUUCCAUGAAAAGUAGUUACUUUUUUUUAGAAGUAACUUAAUAUUGUAAUGAAUUACUUUUAAAAGUAACUUUCCCCAACACUGAUAUUGAAGCAGGAUAUUAAAGUAUAAAAACCAACCCGGUUAAAGGGAUAGUUCACCCAAAAAUCAUGUUGUUCAAAACCUGAAAGAGUUUCUUUUUUUGUUAAAUAUAAAGAUAUUUUGAUAAAUGAUGGUAAGCACAUAGUUGACGGUACCCAUUGACAUCCAUAGUAGGAAAAACAAACACUAUGGAAGUAAGUACACUGUAAAAAAUACUUUGCUGCCUUACAAUUUUUUGUUAAAUCAACUAAGAUUUACAAGUCAUAUCAACAGAGAUGAGUUGUCACAACUUAUAAAAUAUAUUGAGAAAUGCCAACUUAAUUUUUGUAGUUAUAACAACUCAUCUCUAGUCAAGAUAAAUAAUAGUAAGUUGAAAUGACUUGUAAAUCCGAGUUGAUUCAAUAAAAAAAAAUUAAGGCAGCAAAGUAUUUUUCACAGUGUAGGUGUGCUUACCAUCAUCAAAAUACUUAAAUAUACUAAAAAAACUCAUACAGGUUUAUAGCAACAUGAGGGUGAGUAAAUUUAUUUUAGGGUGAACUAUCCUUUAAAAGCUAUUUUUCUGUUUUUGAUGCUUCUGAACGUGCACUGUAAAAAAAUGCAGCAUGAAGUUAAAACAACUUUUUGCAAUCUAUUAUUUUAAGUUUUUUCCUGCGAUAAGUUGACAUAACUUAAAAAAACAAAUUGAAAUAACUUAACUUAAUUUUUUUAUUUAAAGUACAAAAUGCUGCAUUUUUUACAUUGUGCUACACUGCAACAGUUUAUUGGUGUCAUUCAACUUUGUUUACUGCCAUUUUUUAGGAUAGCAGCCAUAUUAUGUGCUCAGAGUAGACACGAAACACAGCCAACCAUUUUUAGAUAACGCCUUUUUUAAUAUAACUUCAAGACGUACACUAAAACAUCAAUUUAACCAAAGUAGUCACCUAACUUAACACAAACCAUUUAUUUAAGGCACAAAGGAAACUGCUGAUCAAGCGCUUUAAAUUGUUAAAUAAUACCCUAGUUUGUUUCGUUUGCAAGAAAGUGGCAUUUUAACCAAGUGAAAACCAGCUUGCCACGCGUCGCAUAUUGUAGUUUUAAAAUAAACCGUCCUAGAAACUGCCAUCUUUACCUUGACCUCUGCGCAGCGUUUUUAGUGUCACAGAUGCUGUAGUGACAAUCUUUACGUGUGAAAAGUGUGCGUCUUUAAUUGCCAAAUAUUUUCUACUUUCUCAGUUUGUACCGGCAGAUCUCAUACAUGGCAUACAGAAGAAAAUAAGACAGGUCGUAUACAUUCACUUACAAGCGAUCAAAAUGAGCAAGCAUUAAAAAAAUCACACUUGAAUAGCACAAAGUUUUGUGGCUCAGACAUAUAUUAACCAGGUCUUACUAGUGUUUUACUCCAAUGCACUUAAUGUUAAAGUUGAGUUUUUAAACAACCCCAGAAGCUGGUUACAAUUAUAGAAGAAUAAAAAUGUGCAUUUGUCGGUGAACUAGACAGUUUUGUUUUUAUGUUAAUAUUAAACUAAUAGCCUAUUUUCCAUUAAACAUUUUCUCAUUUAUUCACAUUGAAAUGGUUUCUCAGCUGAAGUCCUGCAGUGUGUAACUGUUCAUUGUCACAUGAUCUCAAUGGUGUCGCCGUUGUUCAUUGAUUUUCAAACGAGUAUGUAAUAAUUGCUGUCGUAUGCUGUGAACUGCUGAAUUCCAGUUAACUUAUCUCAGUGACGUUAUGACUUAUCUCUGUGUAAAGCAGUCCUGGAUUUGGUGCACUUCAUCACUUCAGAUUGUGUACUGGUUGUAAGAGUUUUGGGUUUUGUUACAGGGUCUUUUGUAUUUCUAAACGUAAUCAAUCUCGUGUGCAAAAAGAAAUCAAAGCAAUAAGUGGUAAAUAUGUAUCCUUGCUCGGCCCCCAAACUAUUGGGAUAGGAAGCACACAAAAAUGUUCACUGGCCACUUUUAAUGAACAGCAGGUGUUUAACAGCUGAAAGAAAAAUAAAGGCCAACAUCCGUGUACUCUACAGAUAUACCAUAGGUCUUCUGAUGCUUUUGUCAGUUUAAAUGUAUUGCCAUAAUUUAAAUGUGACAGAGAGUUUAUCACUUUAUCAUUGUACUGUGCUGUAGAGAUUGUAGUUGUUUGUAUGUAAAAGAAUAAAUAUGUGGAACAAUAAAACAAAAAAGUUACAAAUGUUGAAGAUAUAAUAGUGUACUAUUGUUUGUUGUUCUUUGUAUUCUUGUACAUGAAAUGAUGUUGACAUUGUUGUCACUGAAUAUAGAGGAAUAUUCAAUCCUUACCGAAAUAGUUCUGUGUUACAGUUUUUGAGAGAUUUACUUUGUUUUUUGAUGCAGGGGGGGCAUUUGUGCAGUAAAAACUCCCUCAGUGGAUUUAAAACAUGCAAAUAAUAAACAAAUGUUAUGAACAUA